AUGGCUAAACCAGUGAAGCGCCAGACUCACUGCUUCGCGCCCGGAUGCUCUACCGGGUACGUUUCAGCCCGAAAGGCAGGUGUAAAAGGGUCUGUUUUUACCGUACCGAACGAUGAGGACCGGCUGAAAGCAUGGCAGCGGUACGUUCCACGUGGUGACAAACUGCUCGACCGAACUGCAGUCCUGUGGGAGUUACACUUCGAGCAACGGUUCAUUGUGAGAGAUUACACCCACAUCGUGAAUGGUGAAGUUGUGAGGAUUCCUCGCGGCCGCCCAUGCCUUACCGAUGAUGCGAUACCGUCGAUCUUCCCAAACACGCCGAGUUAUCUCUCUAAAAAGCUUCCUCAGAAGCGCAGCUCCCGGACAUCGAGAGAAGUGCUCGGCAAAAAAAGAAAAGUGAACGAUGAAAAUGAACUUCCUUCGAUGGAGCACGAUUCUUCCUUAGAUGUGACAACGAACGGUGAACGUGUUCCUGGCGCGUCGUGUACAGUGGAGCAUAUGAAAGGUGAGAAGCUUCCAAGCGAAUACUGGUCGAUGUGCCUACUUGCGGAUGCCCCGAACGCUGUUGCAUUUACUGUUUGCGCUCAAAAUGGUGAUAGUGUGUGCUUCAAGAAACUGGUGUUGUGCUCUGCUGAGGAUACUUGCUAUCAUUGUGUAGUGUUUGUGCAAGGGAAAGUUGUAAAAAAAGUGGACGUGUUUGAUGUGAAUGCUGUGGAAAGCCGCCUCCACUCCAUCAACGAGAUGGUUGUGUGCUCCAGUUUUGAGCAAGGUGCUAUUCCACUGGAGCGGCUUAACAGUUCCAAUCAAUCAAAAUACAGAACGCAUGGAAACAAGUUGUACAGCAAAAGUUGCUCAGGCAUGUCUCAAGAUCAAAGGCCUUGUAUACACUGCAGGUAUCUAAGGAAACUGCUUUUAAACCAAGCAUCCUAUAAGAAGAGAAAAGCUAGAGUGGCUACUGGUUACCGUGCUUCGAAGAAACUAAUUAUGCGGGGAAGACAGUUGAGGCGAGAAAAGGCAAAAGUCAGUGAACUAAAGCAAAUGCUUGCGAAAAUGAAGCAAAGUAAUUCUGCCCUCUCUGAAUCAAACCUUCAGGAAAGUCUGUCUAAGCUGCCUGAGAAACAGCGGCAGCAGGUACAAACAUGCUUUGAAGCAGCGAAAAGGAAAGGAACACAGGGGAUGAAGUACAGCGAUGAAUGGCUUCUGGACUGCAUUAUAAUGCGCAUGAAAAGCCCAAAGCUGUAUGAGCAUAUUCGAAAGCAUAAAAUAAUGGUCUUGCCAGCAAGAGUUGUUUCAACAAGUACGUGA